ACCAGCGUUAUGGGGGUUUGGGUUCGUGACAGGGGGUACCAGCCUACUCAUUGACUCCCAUAGAUUACAAUUAUAAUGAGUUUACACAAAUAUUAGCAUCGCAGUUCUUAUUGCAGGACUUUAACUGUGGGAAAUCACAAUGCAGCCUAUAGUGCCUAUUGAACAUUCAUAUUUAAAUGUACAGCCUUACUUAUGGAAUUGGGAAGUAUUUUCCCAUAGUCAAUGUCCUGCAAUAAGAGCUCCGAUGCUAAUAUUUGUGUAAACUCUUCACAUUUCAUGGACCCAAGAUCCAGAGGUGACGCUGUACAGUGCAAUAGAAGUCUGUCCCAAUGCAAUUCUAAUACAGCCACAGUGCGACUUCAACUAUGUUUUGUGUGUCAAAUUAACUACGUAUUGUAUUUUGUUUAAUUCAUAUAACAACAUUCCAACCCUGUUCAGCAUGAUCUAAUCCAAAUAUGGUAUGAUAUCCACUAUUUAUGUCUGUUUGCAUCAGUUUCAAUAUUGGACCCUUAUUUUGAAGGCGAACUGCAAAUUCCUUUGUGGCUCAUCCUUAUUCUAGCUAGCAUCACACAGGUGUUUUUCCGACGGGAUACAAUAAUCCCUUGCAACCUGCACGGUCUCAAACAGAGUACGGAGAAGAGCAACAAUCGGUAGUCGAGAUCUGUCGCGUGCACAGAAGAACCAGACUAGAACCGGACAGAAAAAAACAACUCAAAACCUGUCAGACCAUCGGAGAACUGAACUCGAACGAGCCUGAGAGAAAACGGAGCCUUUGUUUUCAGAAGCAGCGGGGAGGCGAACCGGAGGAGAAGAUGAUGAGUUUUCUGCCAUACUUCUCCGCUGAGACGUGGACCCUCCUGGCACUCCUCAUCACCCUCAUUCUGGUGUAUGGGUACUGGCCCUAUGGUGUGUUCACUAAGAUGGGUAUCCCUGGUCCCAAACCCCUACCUUACUUUGGCACAAUGAUGGAGUAUAGAAAGGGUUUCACUAACUUUGACACAGAGUGCUUUCAGAAGUAUGGGAGAAUCUGGGGGAUCUAUGAUGGGAGGCAGCCUGUUCUGUGUACCAUGGACCAAAGCAUGAUCAAGACCGUCCUGAUUAAAGAGUGUCACAACAUCUUCACCAACCGCAGAAACAUCAUUCUGAAUGGUGAGCUGUUUGAUGCGGUGUCCAUUGCAGAGGACGAUACAUGGAGACGGAUCCGCAGUGUCCUCUCACCUUCCUUUACCUCUGGACGUCUAAAAGAGAUGUUUGGUAUCAUGAAGCAGCACUCUGCUAACCUGUUGAAUGGAAUGAAGAAGCAGGCAGAUAAAGACCAGGCCAUCGAAGUGAAGGAGUUCUUUGGGCCCUACAGUAUGGAUGUGGUCACCAGCACAGCCUUCAGUGUGGACAUUGACUCUCUGAACAACCCUUCAGACCCCUUCGUCUCCAACGUCAAGAAGAUGAUCAAGUUUGACCUGUUCAACCCACUGUUGCUCCUAGUCGUGCUGUUUCCCUUCACUGGUCCUAUCUUGGAGAAGAUGAAGUUUUCUUUCUUCCCGACUGCGGUGUUGGACUUCUUUUACGCCUCGCUGGCUAAGAUCAAAUCUGGACGUGACACUGGGAACUCAACUAAUCGGGUGGAUUUCUUACAACUGAUGAUUGACUCUCAGAAAGGCAACGACACAAAGACAGGAGAGGAACAGACUAAAGGACUGACUGAUCAUGAGAUCUUGUCUCAGGCCAUGAUCUUCAUCUUCGGUGGCUACGAGACCAGCAGCAGUACUAUGAGUUUCCUGGCCUAUAACCUGGCAACCAACCCCCACACCCUGACCAAACUGCAGGAGGAGAUAGAUACUGUGUUCCCCAACAAGGCUCCUAUCCAGUACGAAGCUCUGAUGCAGAUGGACUAUUUGGACUGUGUGUUGAACGAGUCUCUGAGACUGUACCCCGUCUCCCCGCGACUGGAGAGGGUCGCCAAGAAGACGGUGGAGAUCAACGGCAUCGUCAUCCCCAAAGACUGCGUUGUCAUGGUUCCCACGUGGACCCUCCACCGUGACCCAGAGAUCUGGUCCGACCCUGAGGAGUUCAAACCAGAGAGGUUCAGUAAGGAGAACAAGGAGUCUAUUGAUCCGUACACGUACAUGCCGUUUGGGGCGGGGCCCAGGAACUGUAUCGGGAUGCGCUUCGCCCUGAUCAUGAUCAAACUGGCCAUGGUCGAGAUCCUCCAGAGUUUCACUUUCUCCGUCUGCGACGAGACCGAGAUCCCGUUGGAGAUGGACAUCCAGGGUCUGCUGAUGCCAAAACGACCAAUCAAACUGAGGUUGGAGCCCCGUAGCAACACCCCUAGCAACACCACCGCCACCUCUCCAACAACAUGACCGAAUGCAGGAGCACCCUACCCUGGAGUACCCUUCUCUCUCUCUUGCUCUCUCUCUCUCUUGCUCUCUCUCUCUCUCUUGCUCUCUCUCUCUCUCUCUCUCUCCCCCUCUCUCCCCCCUACACACAAAAGGGC